GUAAAAGCAAGUAGCUGAAAUUCAACACUACGCGCCUCUCUCUCUCAUCUCUUCAUCUUCCCCGCAUCUCUCUCUGUGCGAGAAUGGGAGGAACCAAGCGAGUGGGGAAAACCUCUCCCCCAAACCCGUCUUCACCGAAAAAGGCCAAGUUGCCCCCACCGCCGACGCCGCAGGAACCGGACGACAGGUUCGCCGGAAAACCAGUGCCGGCCGACGAAUCGAGGGAAAGAUGGCCCAGUCGAUAUGGUGCUGAUUCAAGCGUAAAUAAAGUUUUACAAGCAAAGUCUCACUAUACUCAAGCUGUUGUUGAUGGAUGCAUAUUCAACCUUUAUGAUUAUGUGCACGUAAAGGUGAGCUAAGUGAUUGUUUUUUAUUUUUAUUUUAUUUGUUUGAAAAUUAUCUAAGUGCUUGUGUAACUUUUUGGACAUUCUACUAACGAUUACCGGGAUAUGCAUACUCACUCAUAGACAUCU